CUGACCUUAGAGUCGUGACGUUUAUUUCUUGUAAUUUUCUGUAAAAACUAAAAUUCGUGUAUCUACUAUCUAGUUUUAAUAAAGCUAAGCUAGGUAGAUAUCUUCGGAUAUUUAAUUUCCAGUGUUGCGUCUUCAAGCAUUUUGCAGAUUUACUAAGUGUGAAAUUUCACAUUAAAGUAGAACAUGGCUUUCCAAUCGCCAAUGCCGAGUCGUGAAUUUUUAUGGGAUAUAUUCAGGAGAGUGGACAAAGACAGAAGUGGCUACAUAUCUUCAGAUGAGCUGCAGGUGGCGCUGUCUAAUGGCACAUGGAAUCCUUUCAACCCUGAAACUGUUAGACUAAUGAUUGGAAUGUUUGACAAGCAAAACAGAGGUGUCAUAUCAUUUGAAGACUUUGGUGCACUGUGGAAAUAUGUGAGCGACUGGCAAAACUGCUUUAGAUCUUUUGACCGUGACAAUUCUGGGAACAUAGACAAAGUGGAAUUAAAGAAUGCUCUCACAGCCUUUGGGUACAGAUUGUCAGAUGAUGUGGUUAACAUGAUGGUUCAGAAGUUUGAUAGAUUUGGCAGAGGAACAAUUCUAUUUGAUGACUUCAUCCAAUGUUGUGUCACUUUAUAUACCUUAACAUCGUCAUUCCGCCAGUAUGACACAGACCAAGAUGGAGUCAUAACGAUACACUACGAGCAAUUCCUCAAAAUGGUGUUUGGAUUAAAGGUAUAAAUAUAUGCUAAUGGGGAUUUGAGGAUAGUGAUAUUAAUGUUGAGCAUUUGAUUCAUGUUACGAGAAAUCUAAUUUUGGUACUGUCAUUAAAAGGUUUAUAUACUUCAUUUCCGCGUCACUUAAGUACGUCGAUUUGUGGUUUUUUUUUAUAAGUCUGGUUGGAAUUUCUCAAAAUUCUACCUUAGUGCGCCCCUGGGGUACCUACUUGAGAAAUAUUAUGUCUUCCAAAGGAUUAUGCGGUUUGUAUGAAAAUAAAUAUAUAGCACAAGCAGUGGCGUGCACAAGGUUUAAAGCCAGGGUAGGCAUUCAGGUAUGAACUUAUUUUCUGGCAGGUCAUACUGGAAAAUAAGUGUUGAUUUAUUACAACUAGGGUAGGCAGUACUUUUAUACCUCUAUGAGCUGCACGCCACUGAGCACAAGUCAAGGAAAAGGAAUAUAUUUUAUCCCUUUAUAUGUGCUUACUUGACAACACAGUGAUCCUAUAAGGGUUCCGUUUUCCUUUAGAGGUACGGAACCCUAAAAAACUUAAAAAAAAAUUAAACAUAAUAAGUCUAACAAAGUACCUAUAUAACAAUUUGGCAAAAUCACAAAACAAAAUUACAUUCCAAUUUCCUAUUAUGUAUUUCCAUGAGUACAGUAGGUACCAAGUACCAAGAUUAGAUAUUUUGUUCUAAUUUGUUUUUCUAUUGUGUCUUUAUUGUCAUCGAGUUGAGAUUAGUUUAUAAAAGACAGUUUUCGCUUCAUACAUAUAUGUUAGAUGUAAAAUGUUUAAUGUACCUACUAACCCUGAAUACUGGACAAGCAUUUUAAAAGUUAAGAGAGCUUUUACAUAUUAUUUGAUACAUUUUUGACAUUUUGUUUAUACAGUGAAUGAAUGUCAAAAACUGCCUGUUAAAAUUUAAAAAGCUAUUUCAGUAUUCCACCAUUGUUACACCCGUAUUCACAAACAUUACUAUGAGGUCUCAUAGUGCGCUCGAACGCACAGUGUCCGUUCCACCAAUCAGAUGUCUGUGUCACGUCAAUUUACAAUGAUCUGAUUGGUGGAACCUACACUAUGCGUUCCAGCUUACUGUGAGACCUCAUAGUAAAGUUUGUGCAUACGGCCGUUAGUGUUAUGAUAAGGAUGUUUCCACAUUAUCUGGACCCAUAUCAGUAUUGGAUAGUCAUAAUUCGGUGCUAGCCCCCCUCCGUUAUGUUGACAAGCGCUCGCCGCCGUCAACAUGACAGUUUUAAAAUUUAUAUGUAAGAUGACAGGUCGCGACUCUUACGCGAGAACCACUAAAUGUCAAAAAAGGGUGCCGUCCAAUUAAACGGAGAGAACAUAUUGUAUUCAGCAGACCAAUCAGAUUAUUGUAUGAAAGAUGGUGCAAAAAUAUUAUCGCAUCUUAUUUGAUACUUCUACUUACGAGUAAAACUCAUGAAGUGGGAGUAAUAAUAACAAUAUGAUAAAAAAAAAUUGGACUUAAAUACAAUAGUCUGCUUUUCCUAUGUUCCUAUGGAGAGCUUACUUCUAAUACUUCAAAAAAAUACCUAUUUAUUGCAUCCUCAUUUCGACUAACAAAUUAGAGCGAGAGAUCGGACCCGUUUCGAGUCCGAUCUCUCGCUCUCGCUCGGCAGUUGAAGUGGGAUAGCGAUAAGUAAGUUUUGCUUCAAGUAAGUAGUAUGAGUUAGUAAUCCAGGUAUUCAUUUUUUUAUUAAAUAAAUAAGGCUUGCAGUCAAUUAAAAAAAAUUAAUGCUCUAAAUUGCUCGAUUGGACAAGCACCCUUAUGAUUUGAUAAACUUCCUAUGCUAAUAUGGGGUUGGAUAAUGUGGUCUUGAUGUUUCCAAUACGUGUUGCGGAUUUACAAUACAAUUGAAUAUAUUUGAUGUUGCUUGCGCUUUUGGGAAGUAUUUGGUUCUUGUUAGGCCAACUGAUCUUUAUUGAGAUCUGUCAUAUAAAAUAGCAGAUCUAAGAUGCUAGAUUUCUCAUCGCCUUAUAAAGGAUCUGUCUUAUUUAUACGCGCACUGAUACAAUUUAUUUAGUCAUAUAAAAUGUACAUACGAAUGCGAAACAAUUGCAAAUAUAUUUUUUUAACAUUCGUUGACAUAUUUUUUUCUAUAUUCAAAACGCACAUACAUAUACAAAUAUACGGAUUAUACUUACAUGUAUUAUAUUUUAAUAUAUAGAUUUUAAGCAGAUCAAUAGGUAAUAACUAAUAAGCAGGUAUAGGUAACUGGUAAAGGUUUAAUGUUGUGUCUAACCGCGAAUUUCUCUCUUCCGUCCAGUGUUGGCCGUAAACAUCGGUCUGCAAGCAUCGUAAAGGUUUGCCCUCUUAACACCAAUUAUACAUCAAUAAAUCUAUUUAUAUGUCGUAUUUCGAUCUGGGAGUUGCUCAGUAGUCGAUGUAUAAAAUUCUACGUGGAAACAUGAUAAAAAAAAUUAAAGUUAUAAAAUGAAAUUAUAAGGAGUGAUCUGAAUAGGUAGUGCAAUUUGGAGUGAACCACAUUUUUAUUAGUAUAGAUUAGACAGCGGGAUUGCGGGAUUAUGGUCCCGUAUAUAAUAAUAACAACAACAAAGAAAAAACAAAACAAAACAUACCUAUUUAUCUUUCAAACCAAUAUUUGCUUUAUUGUGUAUUUAUUUUGUCAAAAACAAGCCAAGGCAUAGGUAAAAUAAUAAAGAUUACUUAAAAUCAAAAAAUACGCACUGAUAUAAGACAUCUUUAUUAAGCUUUUCACCAGCGCACCGCCUAUGUGCAAUUGUAAUACCAGAAUAUAACUACUUAAUGGCAUGUAAACAUUAUGAUAUCUUCAUGAAAUAUUGCGAAUUAGCACUACCUAUCCAUUCUCUGCUUAUAAGAUAUAAGGCUCGCGACUGAAAAGAUUGAAAAACGACGAUUCUAACAACCGAAAUUAAUAAUCAAUCUAUCUGUAAACUGUUGAUAAGUUACUUAGCAACAUUGUUAUUUGUCAAAAAGACCAUACAAUUUUGUGACAAAUAAUAACGUUGUUAAGUAAAGAUCUACAAAUAGGAUUGAUUAGUUAUUAAUUUUGGCUAUAAAUCUACAUUGGGUUCUAGUUUUGCUCUAUUAUAGAUGGUGUUUUUGAUGCCAUUUCCAGUGAUUUUGGUCAAAUCUUGCAUUUCUUUGUAUUACUUCAGAGUAAUUUUAAAAUUUAAUUAACUGUAAAUAAUAUCUAUGUCAUUACUUAUUGGUUGUUUAGCAAGUUUUUAUAAUUAAACGAUUUUUAAAAAUAGUCUGAACUAGACCCAAUUGCCACAUAUUUCAAAAUACAUACAUGGAAGUAGUUAACAUAAGUAAUUGUACCUAUUCUUUUUUUAUCUUGCAUUUAUUACUUGUUAUGUAUAUUGAACUUCGCUCUUCAUCAUUGUACAUAUUGAAAUAGAAGGGGGAUUGAUUUUAUGUUAUACUUGAAAAUGAGCUGUCAAAAAUUUUAACGACUAGCUGAGCCACCCGGCUUCGUCCGGGGGAAUUAAUGUGUGCAUAAUAUAUGUGCAACAACUAGAAUAAUCAAUAAUGUACCUUUCAAAUGGUGAAAGAAUUUUCAAAUGAGUAGUUUCGGAGAUUACUUCCUAGUUCCAAAUAAAAAUUACUAAAGUAUAAUUCCCAGAUCCAGAGUUUAGUAAUUCCAUGUGUAUGGCAUACAAUUUGAAUAAAACAUUGUGAUUCUCAUAAUCAUUCUAAUUGGUUGUCCUAAAUAGCCCAAAAUAUAAAACUGUAAUCCCACUUGUUGAACUACUCUUAAUAAAAAGCUAGUUCUUAUCCCACCUGUCAACAGGUGUUUUGAGUAGUUCAAACUACUCAAAAAACAGAUUCUAAUCCCACCUGUUGAACUACUCUUA